AUGGGUAAUUCUAAUAGCGGUGGAAAGCGAAGAGGAUCCUUGGAUGAGGAUUAUUCUCAUUCAUUUAGCAAUCAUGUUUAUCCUAACAAAAGAAAACUCAUUGUUCAGCCAUCUCAGGAUUCAAUAGUAAGCAUUUUAACAGAUUCUAAAGCCAUGGAUGCCAUUGCUUCUCGGCUAAGGGAUUCAAAAAUUACUGAUUUGAAUGGGAAGGCUUUGAUUUAUGUUGGCGGUGGUGGCUCUACUGAAGUGCCUGCUUCUGAGGAUAUUUCAGAGCCUAGCGCUCUUCCCACGGUCUUCACAUGGGAAGGCGGAGGAAAAGAAGUCUACAUAAGCGGAACCUUUAAUGGAUGGAAGGCAAAGAUUCCUAUGGUCAAAAGCAAGCACAAUUUUUACACAAUAAUUGAUUUGCCCGAAGGCGAACACCAGUACAAGUUCAUCGUUGAUGGUCAGUGGAAGCUGGAUCACAAUCAG